AUGGCAGGUACGGGCGUUAAUGAUAAUGUUAAUGGUGCCGGGUGGAGACGUGGGUCUGGUCUUGGGACGAUUUUGAGUACGUUUGGGAUUCGGCAAGGAGCGUCUGGGAGCGGAGGAGUGAGUUCUGGGACGGAUAAUGGGAUGAUGGAGGUGAGUGGGCGGGCCAUGCCGAUUGACAUUGGGCGGGAGCGUUCGCAGGCGCGGGAUAUAAAUUCUGAUGCGUCUAUGACAGUGCCUGGAGCAGCUGGCGGUGGUGUCAACAACGAGAAUAAUCAUAAUAAUAAUAAUAACAAUAACAGUAACACUAAUACUACACACACUAAUAAUACUAAUACACACACUAAUAAUAAUGUCAAUAUUAACAAUAACAACACGCAUAUCAGUAACAACAUUUUGGGAACCACGCCACUGGACUAUUCAGAACAUCCAGCGCAUGGUGGGCCAUCUUCAGUGCCUGGGGGCCCCCAGAAUACAGAGUUGUCAUCCAGUCAUUUGCCGAUAAACCUCGUGUUGGGCCAGAUCGAUACAAAUGGCAGCACUUCUAACAGUCAGCUCGACCAGAUGCCGCUAACUUCACCGCCCAUUCAGGCUAGUGGCAUGCAGAAUGGACAUUUUUUGAAAAAUGUCCACCAUUUCAUAUACCCAGCAGUGCGGCCCGCAGCGGCACCAGCUUUGCACUUAGACUUCCCAAACGAUUGGCCCAAGCCGGAGCCCGUAGAGGAUGAGACAGUGAGGUUACGUAAGGAUAAGAACGGGUUGUUCACAUUGAGACUAACUGCGUUUAUAGAUAAUCCGACGGCGGGCGUCCCGGGCUUUUACUUUGAUCCAAUAGUAAGAACUGCUGGUCCAGGUUCACAGUUGGUCAUCGGAAGGUACACAGAGAAAGUUAGAGAAGCUAUUUCCACUAUCCCAGAAGCGUUCCAUCCAGCAGUCUUCAAAAGCAAAGUCGUGUCUAGAACACACGGCGUUUUCAAAGUGGACGAUAGGGGAAACUGGUUCGUUAAAGACGUGAAGUCUUCCUCAGGUACCUUCCUAAACCACCACCGCUUGUCGCCAGCUUCAACAAUGUCCAAGGACUACUUGCUAAAAGAUGGUGAUAUUUUACAACUCGGUUUGAAUUUCCGUGGUGGAGCUGAAGAGAUUUACAGAUGCGUGAAGAUGAGGGUAGAACUCAAUAAGUCAUGGAGAAAAAAGGCAAACGCUUUCAACAAAGAAGCGAUUCAGAAACUAAAAGAAUUGCAGAAAAUGGCUACUGGUACAGAGUUCGAAGAUUGUUCGAUCUGCUUGUCCAAAAUUAAGCCGUUCCAAGCCGUAUUCAUCGCCCCUUGCUCCCACAGUUGGCAUUAUCAAUGUGUUCGUCGUCUUGUUUCAAGUACGUACCCUCAAUUUGUUUGCCCAAACUGUAGAGCAAUUUGCGAUUUAGAAGCAGACUUGGAUAGCGAAGGUGAGGACGAUGACGAGUUUGUCGAUGAUGACGUGUAUAUUCCAAAUGAACCUUGUGAUCAUAGUGGAGGGAUAUCUUCAGGGAACGAUGAUAGUGAAGCCUCUAUUCCAAAUGGAAAUCAUGUCAGAUCAGCCACUCCAGGACUUGAUGAAGAUUUUCUAGAAGAAGAAGAUAUACAAAUGAUGAACUAA